UUCUUCUUCGGUCAGUCAAAGUGAUUCUUUUUCUUCUCCAUUCUUGCCCCCAAAUUAUCUCUCUACCGAGUCAUGAAUGCAGACCAAAACUUGGGUGCUCUCCACCGUGAGUCUUUGAAGGCAGUGAAACUUAUUGAAAAGAAAGCUAAACAAAUUGUGCAAGAAUGCAAUGGUCAGGUCGCGGUCAUUUGCUACCCUCACGAAACUCUUCCUCCUGUUUUUCAAGGAGAUCCAAGCCUAAGGGCUGUGGUGGAAAGAUUCGAAGCAGAUGCUAACCUUGGUAACAACGUUGAGGCUCUUAAUCAGGCAUUGGAAGCAAUUGAUUUGGCAGGUCUGACUCAUAGUCAGCUGAGAGCUCUCAUCGUCCGUCUGAAUGGACUCCGUAACAGAAUUGCUAAUAACCUUGAUAAUAAUCAAGCUUGAGGUUUGUAGUUUAUAUAUUUAAGGAAUAAUGUAUCCAUCUUGUUUGAUAGCAAGAUGAGUGUCGUGACUGUUGUUUGUAGCUCUAAUCUUAUCGUGACUGUUGUUUGUAGCUCUAAUGUUAUCGUGACUGUUGUUUGUAGCUCUAAUCUUAAUGUUUAUAUAUUUAUUUAACUCUAUUAAAUGUUCGAUCUACAAUUCUAUUA